AUGAAGCUUGAGAUUUGUUCUUUCUCUGGCCACAAGAUCUACCCUUCCAAGGGUAAGACCUACGUCCGUAUUGAUAGCAGCGGUAAGGCUGCCUCUUACUUUAUCCAACGUUUGAACCCCCGUAAGAUCAAAUGGACUGUCAUCUACCGUCGUUUGAACAAGAAGGGUAUGACUGAGGAAGCUGCUAAGAAGCGUUCUCGUCGUACCGUCAAGCAUGAGCGUGCUGUUGUCGGUGCCUCUUGGGAUGCCAUCCGUGCCAAGCGUAACCAAAAGCCCGAUGCCCGUGCUGCUGCUCGUCAAGCUGCCAUCUCCAAGUCCAAGGAUGCCAAGAAGGCCGCUGCUGCUGCCAAGAAGGCUGCUGCUCCUGCUGGUCAAGCUAAGGUUAGCAAGCAAGGUGCCAAGGGUUUCGCCCCUAAGGCUGCUGCCACCUCUCGUUAA